CUCCCUGCGCUGCUGUCUAUUGCUUGCUAUUGCCAGUGUACCGAUCAUGAUCUCUCGAGUCUGUCCGCCGCGCAUGCUAUACAAGGCGAGGGCGAGAUUAGUUGCGACGGAGAUAGCUUCGGCGGUGCGACAGGAGUGCUGUUUGGCUGUUGGCACACCCAGCCGGCGGCAGCUUGGAACAACAGCAGCAGCAAGCACGGCCGGCGGCAACGGAAGCAGAGGCAACCGCCAACAACAGCAAGAUAUGGGUGAAGAGGGAGGACGACGGGAAGGGAGUGACGCUACUGUAGGUGCCUCUCAAUACACGCUGCCGCCACCGACGUGGUCGCUCUCGGACCUAAAUGUUACGGACGACGACGAACGAGGAGGAGAUCCAGCAAGGAACGCUGUGCUCAGCAACGAGGAGGUGGCCAAGCUGUGCGCACUUGCGCACAUCGAACUCGCACCCGAAGGCGCCGAUGACAGCUGCAGCAACGGGGGCCUCGACGUCUCCGCCGUAAAGAAAGAUGUUGGGGCUAUGCUAAGGUGCAUGCAGACCAUGCGAAGGGAGAACGACGACAGUAGCGGCGGCGGCGGCGGGCGCAGGGGUAACCAAGAAAUGGAAGGGGAAGAAGGCGAGGACGGACCUUGGGGGGGAGCUGUAUCUUGGGCCGCGCCUUUGGAAGAGGACGUGGUAUCAGAUGGAGGCAUACAAAAGGAAGUACUAGGAGCGGCCCAGCACACAGAAGACGGCUUCUUCACCGCCCCCAAGGUGGUGUAGAUUGAAGAGAGCUCUCGUGCGGUGGGCACGUGGGAGACCCCGGGUGAUGUCAUUCCGGCCUCCUGGGAACUUCGGCUUGGCGCAGGUCAUGGUCAUGGAUUUUGAUCUCCAACGCGUCCUGGUGAUGGAGAGCAACUGGUCGCGAGAGAGCCCAGCGUUCCGAGGGGGAGGGGUGGCGAUAAAGGACGUGAUGGCCUACAGGAUAAGGUCGUGUUCUUUGUUGUUGCUGUUGUUGGACGAUGUAUUGACAUCUAAAAUGAACAAUUUGGUAUCUGGACCACACAUUCUCUCUCUACUCUCUCUUACUCAUUCAUGGUGGUGAUGAUUGUAGGGUGUUUUGCGGAAACUGCUUUGCCUUAGCCCUUCUUCGGCGCUGGUCGGUAUCCAAGCACUGCCGCUCUUUCCUUCGCGACCGCGUUUGUUUGUGCUGGCAUUGCUGGUGCUGGUCCCGGUGGUAGGUCAUAGCCACCACACUCAGGACUCUCCGCUCACCCAGAGUUGAGGGCUCCGUAGUCCCGGUGUCUGUUUUUGUCGUGGAAGUGUGACGGCAUCAACCCGCAGACUUUCAUUUGUUUCCAGUCACCACAUCGACCGAUGUUAUUGUUGUGUAGGCACGCAAGCUUCGUGAGCGACGCGGUGUUCGGGAGACCCCCAGCCAUGGAAAACCGUGAAUGAGUAUUAAUGAUCACGGCAGGUGGUAUGGAUGGAUGGUCAAAGGAAGGUGGUCAUGCUAAAGGUUGGCAAUGGACCUGUGGGUGGUUAUCGCAGCCGAUAUGAUGCGUUUGCUCUUGCUUUUUGGGUACUGGUAUG